UCUCUCUCUUUCUCUCUCUCUCUCUUCAUUCUCUUUAUUUCUCUAUCUAGUGUGUUAUGGAAGGAUAUUUUUGCUCACUGCCGCUGAACCGUUGUCUCUGGACCCUUUAAGGGACGUAUCUGUUAUACAGUUAUUGUCUCAUCACCGACGCUAGUAGAACAGGAGUUUAAGAAGCGCAUGGAGAUUGGCUGAAGAAGCAAAUUUCUUCCCAGGAUUAGACAAAACAGUGCCAGACGACCUCACUCCUGAGGAGCAGCAGGAGCUAGAGAACAUCCGGCGACGCAAGCAGGAGCUGCUGGAGGACAUUCAGAAACAAGCAUCUGAGGAAUUUGUUGUGAUCGCUAAUGUCUUGCAAACAAGGAGGAGAAUUAAACAGCGAUUUCCUUUCCAACUUCCGGUGAAUCUUUUCCAAUGAAUAGAAAAAAGACACAUCUUAUUAGAAAGUGAAAGAAAAAGGAAAAUGCCACGUAUUGUUUUUGUUUAAAUCUUAGGGAGGCAUAAAAGUGUUGUCACAGGCAGCAGGAGGUCUUUCUGUGAAAUGUGAGACAUGCUCUGGCUCCAGACUAACACAAGACCUGUAGCAGGAGACUUAAGCGUUUGAAGGAUGAGAUAGCCGAGGUGACCAGCGAGAUCGAGAACCUGGGCUCCACUGAGGAGAGGAAAAACAUGCAGAGGAACAAGCAGGUGGCGAUGGGCCGCAAGAAGUUCAACAUGGACCCUAAAAAGGGGAUUCAGUUCCUGAUUGAAAAUGAUCUUCUGAAGAACACCAGCGAUGACAUCGCUCAGUUCCUCUACAAGGGCGAGGGCCUGAAUAAGACAGCAAUAGGGGACUACCUUGGAGAGAGAGAUGAUUUCAACAUCAAGGUGCUGCACGCGUUUGUGGAGCUGCACGAGUUCACCGAUCUGAACCUUGUUCAAGCGCUCAGGCAAUUUCUUUGGAGCUUCAGACUGCCAGGUGAGGCACAGAAGAUCGAUAGGAUGAUGGAGGCUUUUGCCCAACGCUACUGCCAAUGCAACCCAGGAGUCUUCCAGUCCACUGACACAUGCUACAUCCUUUCCUUCGCCAUCAUCAUGCUGAACACCAGCCUUCAUAACCCCAACGUGAAGGACAAGCCCGCAGUGGAGCGCUUCAUCUCCAUGAACAGAGGAAUCAAUGAGGGUGGAGACCUACCAGAGGACCUGCUACGAAACCUGUACGAGAGCAUCAAGAACGAGCCGUUUAAAAUCCCAGAGGACGACGGCAACGACCUCACACACACGUUCUUCAACCCUGACCGAGAGGGCUGGCUGCUCAAACUGGGAGGUGGACGUGUCAAAACUUGGAAGAGACGAUGGUUCAUUCUCACAGAUAACUGCCUCUACUACUUCGAGUACACUACAGACAAAGAGCCCAGAGGAAUCAUUCCUUUGGAAAACCUGAGCAUCCGAGAAGUAGAGGACAAGAAACCGAACUGUUUCGAGCUCUUCAUACCAGACAAUAAGGAUCAGGUGAUCAAGGCGUGUAAAACGGAGGCAGAUGGCAGAGUGGUGGAGGGCAAUCACACAUUCUACCGCAUCUCUGCGCCUACCACCGAGGAGAAGGACGAGUGGAUGAACAGCAUCAAGGCAGCGAUCAGCAGGGACCCGUUCUAUGAGAUGCUGGCUGCCAGGAAGAAGAAAGUCUCCUCUGUGAAGAGGCACUAAAUCUGCUCAGGGCUGUGUGAGAGAACUGACACUUGACACUUGAACUGAAUGAGACUGGUCUCCUUCCUGCUGCUUUCCCCCUUUCAGUAAUGUAGUGUCUAUACUGGGACAGAAUGAGGUUUGAGGACUAAGUAGGACAUUGGAGAUUGAACAAAGCCAGGACUAGACACUGUAGUGCUCAGCAGGAACUGUGCCUCUGCUCCACUUCCUGUUUCAGUGUCCCUCAACUUUCCUUCAACUCAAGUUGUGUUUGUGUUUAAAUGUCCCUCAACUCUCCUUCUCCUGUGUGCGAGUGUGUGCGAGUGUGUGUGCGUGCGUGUGUGUGUGUGUGUGUGUGUGUGUGUUUGUUUUAAGGGCAUUAUUCUUCUCUUAAUCCCCAAAGAAUCGAUCUUAGUCCUAAUGCAAAACCAAAACACACAUCAUUUCUACUCCCACUCUGUCUCUUUUUCUCUUAAUUUCUCUAUCUUUUUUAAACAUGCCUUUAAACACACACACACACACACACACACACAGACGUUCUUGUUUAAUCAGCAGGUCUGACAGAAUGUGGGUUACCAAAAAAAGGCCUCUCCUUUAUUUCCUAACAGGAAAGACCUUCUUGUAUGCUUUUUUUGUUAUGUACAGGCAAUAAGUGUAUUUUUUACAUUUCUAUAUUCUCUGUAUAUUCUCUUUUGGCUCUCGUCCUUUUGAUAAAUGUCAUUGAAAUGCACCACGUGGCUUUCAUGAGAACUGGGUGAGGCUGUGGUUAGUGUACACAAUGUAGAAUAUAAGGUAGAAUUACUCAUGAACUAUCCAGCCAAAAGUAUGUGGAAACAUGAUUGUCACCCAUAUGUGGGUUUUCCUAAAAUUGUUGGCACUAGGUGUGAAGCACACUGUUGUCUCUUGUUUUUGUUGUCUCAUUAAGAUUUCACUUCACUGGAACUAAGGAGCUUGAACCUGUCUCAGUAUGACAGUGUCCCUGAGUAUGCAGAUUAACACCAGGGCUUCUUGCUCCUUGUAAGUGACUUUGUGCUUGUAACCGAAUGGGCAGAAAUCCACCCAGUUCUGGUCCAAAUUCCCAGAAGGCUGUUAUAGCAGCAAAGAAGAUAAAAGAGCAACUGCUUAUGAAUGCUGUUAGAUUUAGACAGGGAUUUCCAGCAAUAUAUGGGUGUGAAUGAAUCCAUGUACUUUUGGUCAUAUGGUGUAUGUCAAGCUAGGAGUGUGUGUGUGUGUGUGUGUGUGUGUGUGUGUGUGUGUGUGUGUGUGUGUGUGUGUGUGUGUGUGUGUGUGUGCGCCCACAUGUGUGUCCAGUGUCUUGGAUGCUAAAAAGCCGAACUGUUUGGGCUGCUUCGUGAAUGCUGACCGUUCAUUUGUACAGAAACACUGCAAAUUGUGUCGAGUCCCAAACUCUUACCUAAUACUUUAUGUUGCAAAUCAAUCUCAAAUUUAAAAACAGAAAGGAAAAAAAAGUUCGUCUGACAUCAUCACAGACAGGAUAGCCGUCACGUUUGACGUAACUCGUGCUCUAAAUAGCUUACUGACCACAGAGUGCCCCCAUUUUUCUUUUACCUAUUUUUCUGUUCUGCUUAUUUACAGUUUUAACCAGCUAGCAGUUUCUGUUCUCUGAGAAAAGUCAUACAUCUGAGCAGUAUUGGUUUAUUUAUCAAAGAUGUAAUAUACUUUAGUGUAUAGUGAGUAUCUUUCUGCAUUUUAUAUAUAAAAAAAAUAUAUAUGUGUGUGUGUGUGUGUAGCAAAUACAUUAUUAGCUGAGUGCCACUUUUUUUUCUUUCUUUAAUUUGGUUCCUGUUGAAAGUGUACCUUUUGGCCUCACUGGUGUGUGUGAGCUCAGUCAUUUUUAGUAAAAAAUAAAUGAAUAAAAAACAAAUUAAAAGUUAAACACCAAA